AUGGAGGAAGAGGAAGAAAGGGACCUGCAAGAGAAACUUAAAGGAGAUGAGCUCGUUGUCCUUCUCUUUGACAAGGAGGUGGAAGAUGCGUCUCUCUCUGAGCUUAGCGGAGUUAACAAGGUUGGAGAAGCAUGGGAACCGUUUCCAGGCGCUGAUUCUGGAGCCCUUUUUCGUGGCUAA